UAUUCGCAUAUCCUCCCUGUUCGCAUAGAACGUUUGGGUUGCACACGAGCAUAUCCAACCUCCUUCGAAGAGAGAAGAAAAGAGUCAGGAUUCUCUACCUCUACCAAAACCAGUUUCAGUGGAGGAGCAAGUAAUUGAAUGGGGAGUGCGAUAGAAAAAGGAGUAGGUUUACCGUACAGAAUAUUGGAGUCCUCUUCUUCUUCAUCUGCUGCUUCAGAUGAAUGGAAUCCAACGGACACUGUGCUUUUCUUUGGGUUCAGUCUGCUGCUUGGGAUUGCGUGCAGGCAUCUGUUGAGAGGCACCCGAGUCCCUUACACUGUUGCUCUUCUCGUCGUCGGCAUUGCUCUUGGAUCCUUAGAAUAUGGUACCAGUCAUAAACUGGGAAGGAUCGGGGAUGGAAUUAGGCUCUGGGCACAUAUUGAUCCUGACCUUUUACUGGCUGUUUUCCUUCCUGCCCUUCUUUUCGAGAGUUCCUUUUCAAUGGAAAUCCACCAAAUUAAGAGGUGCAUGGGGCAAAUGCUUCUACUUGCUGUUCCUGGAGUUCUAAUUUCGACAUGUUGUCUUGGAUGUGCUUUGAAGCUCAUUUUCCCAUAUAACUGGAGUUGGACAACCUCUUUGUUGCUCGGGGGACUUCUGAGUGCUACUGAUCCUGUGGCUGUUGUUGCUCUGUUGAAAGAGCUUGGUGCAAGCAAAAAAUUGAGUACAAUAAUCGAAGGAGAAUCCCUGAUGAACGAUGGGACAGCAAUUGUGGUCUAUCAGCUAUUCUAUCGGCUGGUCCUUGGGGAGAGCUUUAACUCGGGUGCCAUAAUCAAAUUUCUAACUCAAGUUUCGCUUGGAGCUGUAGGCAUUGGUAUUGCUUUUGGAAUUGCAUCUUUUUUGUGGCUCGGGUUCAUCUUCAAUGACACAGUGAUAGAGAUUGCGCUGACACUAGCUGUGAGCUACGUUACUUACUUCACUGCUCAAGAGGGUGCUGCUGUUUCUGGCGUUUUGGCAGUGAUGACUUUAGGAAUGUUUUAUGCUGCAGUAGCCAGGACUGCUUUCAAGGGUGAUGGCCAACAGAGCUUGCAUCAUUUUUGGGAAAUGGUUGCUUAUAUUGCAAAUACAUUGAUUUUCAUCUUAAGUGGUGUUGUUAUAGCAGAAGGUGUUCUGAGCAGUGGCAAUACUUUUCAUAGACAUGCGCAUACAUGGGGCUACCUAUUUCUUCUAUACGCUUUUGUGCUACUAUCCCGGUUCAUAGUUGUUGGAGUAUUGUAUCCAAUUUUACGAUAUUUUGGUUAUGGUUUGGAUUGGAAGGAAGCUAUCAUUGUCAUAUGGUCAGGUCUUCGAGGGGCUGUUGCAUUAUCACUUUCAUUAUCUGUUAAGCGCACUAGUGACAGCUCAGUUUAUCUCAGUUCUGAUACAGGAACCUUGUUUGUUUUCUUCACUGGCGGAAUCGUAUUUCUGACGCUUAUUGUGAAUGGGUCAACUACGCAGUUUAUUUUACAUCUUCUAGAUAUGGAUAAGCUAUCAGCUACCAAGAAGCGUUUGUUGAACUUCACAAAGUAUGAAAUGUUGAACAAAGCACUAGAGGCUUUUGGUGAUCUUGGAGAGGAUGAGGAACUUGGACCUGUUGACUGGCCUACAGUUAAAAGAUACAUUCCAAGCUUAAAUAGUUUGGAAGGGUCAUGCGAACACCCUCAUGGUGCUUCUGAAGCUGAUAAUAAUUUAGACCCAACUAAUCUGAAAGAUAUUCGCAUACGCCUUCUAAAUGGAGUUCAGGCUGCUUAUUGGGGGAUGCUUGAUGAGGGAAGGAUAACACAAACAACUGCAAACAUUUUGAUGCAAUCAGUAGAUGAAGCAAUCGACUUGGCUUCCCAUGAACCUCUGUGUGAUUGGAAGGGCUUGCAAUCCAAUGUUCAUUUUCCAAAUUAUUACAAGUUCCUUCAAGCAAGCAUUUUCCCUCAAAAAAUGGUUACUUAUUUCACUGUAGAGAGGCUUGAAUCUGCAUGCUACAUUUGUGCUGCAUUUCUACGUGCCCAUAGAAUUGCACGGAGACAACUACAUGACUUUAUUGGUGACAGUGGUAUUGCUUCUAUAGUCAUUAAUGAAAGUAAUGCAGAAGGAGAAGAAGCAAGAAAGUUCUUGGAAGAUGUCCGUGUUACAUUUCCUCAGGUUUUACGUGUUGUGAAAACAAGACAAGCAACAUAUUCAGUGCUGAACCAUUUAAUUGAUUAUGUCCAAAAUCUUGAGAAGGUUGGGUUAUUGGAAGAAAAGGAAAUGCUUCAUCUUCAUGAUGCUGUCCAGACUGACUUGAAAAGAUUUCUAAGGAAUCCUCCUUUAGUAAUGCUUCCCAAAAUAACUGACUCCAUUAGUGCCCAUCCUCUGUUGGGAGCCCUUCCUUCUAUGGUGCGUGAACCCCUUGAACGUUCUUCCAAAGAAAUAAUGAAACCACGUGGUGUGCCCCUUUACAAAGAAGGCUCCAAGCCCAAUGGUGUCUGGCUUAUUUCCAGUGGUGUUGUCAAGUGGACAAGCCAGAGUGUUAGGAGCAAACACUCAUUGCAUCCAACUUUUACUCAUGGGAGUACACUAGGCCUGUACGAACUGCUAGUUGGGAAACGUUGCAUAUGUGACAUAAUAACAGAUUCUGUGGUGCUCUGCUUUUUUAUUGAAAGCGAGAAAAUACUUCCUCUGCUAGGGUCAGACCCUGCAGUUCAAGAUUUCCUGUGGCAGGAAAGUGCAAUCGUUAUUGCGAAACUCUUGCUUCCUCAAGUAUUUGAAAAAAUGCCAAUGCAAGAGUUGAGAGCCCUUGUAGCAGAAAGGUCAGUGAUGACCACAGGCAUCAGGGGAGAAACUAUAGAAAUACCUCGUCAUUAUAUUGGCUUUCUAUUAGAAGGAUUCUUAAAAGCCCAUGGUUUCCAAGAUGAAUUGAUUGCAUCGCCUGCAGUACUUUUGCCUCCACAAGGAAAUCAAAGCUUUCAAAAGAUAGGGAUAUCAGGUGCCCAAGCAGUCAGUUACUCUCAUCAAGGAUCCCGGUAUCAAGUUGAGGCAAGAGCAAGGGUAAUCAUUUUUGAUAUUGCAGCAUUUGAAGGGGAUGGUGCUUUGAGGAGAGGAUCAUCAUCAUUAGUAUCGGUCGAUAACCCCCACAGAUCUUUCACUAGAGAGUAUGGUGGUCUUUUGAGCUGGCCUGAAAAUUUGUACAAACCAAGGGAACGUGAGCAGAACUGUGUAGGGACUUGUCGAUCAGAAAAUAGCUUGUCUGUGAGAGCAAUGCAACUAAGCAUAUUUGGCAGUAUGGUUGACAUGCGGAGGCAUGCCCACAGCUUUUCUGGUAGCCAAGUCAAGCGAUCACACAGCUUGUCAGUUUUAAGAACCGCAUCGUGCCAGCAAGUUGGUGCCCCAUCAGAAGAAGCUACUUAUGCUAGGAAGAGUCUUGAAGUGAGAAAGUUAGUUGGAAAAACUCAUGCUCCCCCGUUGCAGAGUACAGGCACAAAUGAGGCGUGUAUCAUUGAUAAUUACAGCGAUGAAUCUGAUGCUGAAGAUGACUUGGUGGUAAGAAUUGAUUCGCCUAGUAGGCUGUCGUUCCAUCAUGCUUCUUAGUUUGCGUUGUGAGCUAUUUCUGUUGUAAUUGUUUAAAUUAUGUGACUAUCGUUUUUUUUUUAAUUCUAAGUGUUCUUGCAUACAAGGAACCGUAGUAAACAAGAUGUGAAAUGUCUUUAGUUCACAUGGAUGAGUAAUCCUUUCCCCUAUAAAUAGUGAUCUUGAAUUCCUGGGAGUGACUCAACACUGAAUGAUGAGAAUAAGAAUGGAAAGGGCGCAAUUUGUUCACUUGUUGAACAAUUGACGGAAAUUCUGUCGACAUUAUAUAUAAAUAAUAAAAUGGCGCAAGGAGCAUGAGUUGAUUCCUGAA